UCUGCAAGAAGCACAAUCAAGCUACCCAUGGAAUCCGUGAUUGGCUACCGUUUUGGCACCCUCCCCCAUCAGUCCAUUCACAUGUCUUCUGACUACAAUGCUGCAAUAACUACCAAACCCUAUUGCUUUAGCCAUUUUUCUACCAAACCCCAUUUAAGCUUCAGUCAAAAUUCUUCCUUUUCACUCCACAAGAGUUCUGGGGGCCGCCCUCUUGAGCACAUCCUUGGUCCUAUAACUUUCACGGUGGGUUAUCCAUCAACUUCUCUUACGGAUCAGAAGAGUAGGCUUCCCCAGGCCUUUACAGCAGAACACUUUUUAGAGGUGGUGGCAGUAGCAAAGGAGCUAAAGUCAUCUGGGCAUAAGGAUAUUGCAGAGAAACUAAUGACAAUACACGAACCCCAAAUCGAUACUCCGGAAGAACCUGCCGACCGCCAUUGCAAAGAAAAAAUGAAAAUACUGGAAAUUCUGAUUGCUGAAGGAAUGUUCCCUGAGGCCUCGAAGUAUUCUGCCGACAUUGACAGUCACAUGUCAAGUUACGAGCCGCAUUUGGAUUCCCAUGUUUUUAAGAACUUGAAGUUUGUCAUAUUCUGUGGGCUGGAUCAUCACUCGGAGGCAAAUGAAUUGCGUAAAAAAUUGGAAAAGCCACCACCUGUCGCCUAAGAAAAUAAAUUUGGGGCAGGUGCCACCAGUUGCCCGCCAAGGCUAAUAAGGAUGAGCCAAUAAAAAUCCACCUCCAUUGGCUCAGACAACAAGGAUACGACCAAUAAAAAUCCUGCAACAUCAAGGUGAACCGAGAGAGAGAAAGAAAAUAUAGUUUUUAAGUCUUUACUACUAAUUAACUAGAAGUGGCCUAUGGGAAAUGUGGGUACGUACAAGCAAAGAAAAACCUUAUGAUGUCAUAAUUUUUGUAUUUAGCCUUUUCUGUGUGGGUGUUUGAGCUUGAUUGUAAUAAUAUCUAUGAGGAAUUGAAAAUUUGAACUAGUUAUUGUCAAGAAAAUUUUCUCUUUUAGAUC